UACCUAGCUGGGUGAGAUGUGUGGAGAGCUGACGAUUCGAGCCACGGUGGAAAUACCAUCAUUUGAACCGUUAAUUCGGGAGACGCCUAGUUAAAAUGGUUGAUAUUCGACCGGAGAAACAUCCUCAAACUGAGUUUAACGUCGUUCUCGCAAUUCUUAGUAGGUUGUAGCGUGCUGUGUCGGGGCCAUGGCGGUGAAGGACAAGCUGGAAGCGGUGCUGAACGUGGGUCUGCGGGUCCCCAGCAUCAUGCUGCUGGAGGUACUCUACCGCUGGGACGUCAGCUCCUUCUUCCAGAAGAUCCAGAGGAGCAGCCUCAACAACAACCCUCUCUUCCAGUACAAGUACCUGGCUCUCUACCUGCACUAUGUAGGUUACAUCCUCAGCCUGGUGCUCCUGACUCUGCCUCGUCAGCACCUGGUGAAGCUCUACCUGUACGUGCUCACUGCCCUGCUGCUCUUCGCUGGACACCAGGUCUCCAGGGAUUAUGUCCGCAGUGAGCUGGACUCUGGGUACGAGGGACCACUCUACCUGGAGCCGCUGUCCAUGAACCGCUUCUCCACCGCCCUCCUAGGUCAGAUGGUGGUGUGCACCCUGUGCUCCUGCGUCAUGCAGACCAAGAGGAUCUGGCUGUUCUCUGCUCACCUGCUCCCCCUGGUGGCCCGUCUCUGUCUGGUCCCCCUGGAGACCAUUGUGUUCAUCAACCGCUUCGCCAUGAUCUUCACAGGCCUCGAGGUCAUCUAUUUCCUGGCCACCAACCUGCUGGUGCCAUACAACCUGGCCAAGACCGCCUACAGGGAGCUGGUGCAGGUGGUGGAGGUGUAUGGGCUGCUGGCUCUGGGGAUGUCCCUGUGGAACCAGCUGGUUCUGCCCGUCCUCUUCAUGUGCUUCUGGCUGGUGCUGUUUGCCCUGCAGAUCUACAGCUACUUCAGUAGCCGGGACAAGCCCACCUCCAGAGAGAGGCUGCUCUUCCUCUUCCUCACCAGUAUUGCAGAGUGCUGCAGCACUCCCUACUCCCUGCUGGGCCUGGUCUUUACGGUUUCCUUCGUGGCGCUGGGUGUCCUCACCCUCUGCAAGUUCUACCUGCAGGGCUACCGGGCCUUCAUGAAUGACAACACCAUGCACCGGGGGAUGACAGAGGGCAUCACGUUACUGAUCCUGGCUGUACAGACGGGUCUGAUCGAGCUGCAGGUCAUCCACCGAGCCUUCCUCCUCAGUAUCAUCCUCUUCGUCGUGGUGGCCUCCAUUCUACAGUCCAUGCUGGAGAUAGCUGACCCCAUCGUACUGGCUCUGGGGGCCUCCCGGGACAAGAGCCUGUGGAAGCACUUCCGGGCCGUGAGCCUGUGCCUGUUCCUGCUGGUGUUCCCAGCCUACAUGGCCUACAUGAUCUGCCAGUUCUUCCACAUGGACUUCUGGCUACUCAUUAUCAUCUCCUCCAGCAUCCUCACCUCACUGCAGGUGCUGGGCACCCUGCUCAUCUACAUCAUCUUCAUGGUGGAGGAGGUCCGUAAGGAGCCCGUGGAGAACAUGGACGACGUCAUCUACUACGUGAACGGGACCUACCGGCUGCUGGAGUUCCUGGUGGCGCUGGUGGUGGUGGCCUACGGCGUGUCGGAGACGGUGUUCGGGGAGUGGACGGUGAUGGGCUCCACCAUCAUCUUCAUCCACUCCUACUACAACGUGUGGCUGCGCGCCCAGCUGGGCUGGCAGAGCUUCCUGCUGCGGCGAGACGCCGUCAACAAGAUCAAGAGCCUGCCCACCGCCUCUGACCUGCAGCUGGAGCAGUACAGCGACAUCUGCGCCAUCUGCUACCAGGACAUGAAGUCUGCCGUCAUCACCCCCUGCAGCCACUUCUUCCAUGCUGGCUGUCUCAAGAAGUGGCUAUAUGUACAGGAGACCUGCCCCCUUUGUCACAAACCGCUGAAGAGCCAAUCACAGCCCGCCAAUGCCACUGCUGCACCCGCCCAGGACAUUCUACCAGCCAAUCCCAACCCAGCAGAGGCUGGGCAAGGAGAGCCAGUGGCCGGUGCGGCUGAGGGGGACAAAACCGUUACUCAUAACGGUGUUCCUGUUGAAGGGAGCCAAGCCAGCCCCUCUUCCUCCCCUGCUAACCCUGACCUAGAGCUUGAGGGCCAGGCAGAGGAAAGGGCCCUGGGCCCCCAGCAGACUGACACAGUGGACAGUGCGUGUUUGGAGGGCCAGGUUGCUGGUCUGUCACAGGGCUCAGGGGAGUCAUGUCUCCGGCAUCGCCAGCGCCAGCAGUCUGCCCCCUCCCCUGCUGCAACACCGUCCACAGCAUGUGCAGCUGAACUCCAGUCACAACUACAACAGUCUGCCAGCCCCUGCUGCCUCUGAACCUUAGUCUUCUGAGCCUCACUCCUGCACACCGCUAAAGACUAUUCAUCCUCAACUGGCCAAUACGUAUAACCAAGAUGGAGGUUGCUGGUUAACUGUUGGACUGACUCCAUGUUGCCACUAUCCCCCUUAAUGAACUCCCAUCUAUUUGUUGGCCUGUUUCUUAAGUUUGGUUUUAAACUCAUUAACAAUUCAUGGUUACUUCAUUUAAUUCCAGUACAUUUCAUGGUAAUUAAUCCUAUAGGAUUGUAUGAAAUGAAAUCUGAUGCAGACUUCAGUGAUGUUUGAUUCUGAGACGCCAUACUACACAUCCAUUUCAUUUCACUGUUGAGAAAUAUGCAUCGAUUUCUCUCACUUGUGCUAGCCGGAACGACUCCCAGGAGCAGAUCUCCUGUUUCUGUAGCAUAGGGCAGGUUGAUGUACAAGUACAGCCCCUGGACAGGACACUGGUCCUGGAGGGCCGCAUGUACUUCAUGUUUUUGGUUUAACCGACCUGGAAGACCAGGUGUGUUGAAAAUCACUGAAGUGAUCAAUUAUCUCCAGUUGGUCAGGCCUAGUUGGAACAAAACCAUGCAGUACCUGCUGCACUCCAGGAAGAGGGUUGCCUACCCCUGCUCUAGUCUAUCGCAGGGCCUUACCCCCAAUCUAUCUCUUUAACGCAGAGUCCCAAGUAGAUACCAGUUGGGUCCCAUUUAUUUGGUAUGACUGGGCUGGGAUUGAACUCACAACCUUCCAAUUUCUGGGUGGAAACGCUAAACACAAGGCCACUGAGUUUGUUUAACAACAAAAUGCAGCUUUGAACUUGACAGUUGCAGGGGUCAUUAUACAGUACAUCUAUUAAGCAGAAGACAAACACAGCCACAACAUUUUGUAGUUUCAUUAACGCUCAUUCAGCUUCCCAAUAUAUUCCAAUUGGGCUGUAUUUCACUUGUCUUGAAUCAAGUGCUAAUUAUAUUAAGGAAUUUUACUCAACUUUUACCCUCUUUAGAUCACUAACGUUAGCUCAGUUAUUCGCCACUCCCAAGUGUUUCCCCUCCUUCUCACCUACCUGGUUGGGCCUUGCCCUGUGGCCCACUCCCACACACCUUGUUUGCCUGAUGAUCUGUUACACAUCAACCGGACUGUUACCAAGUCCAGGCACAGGGUAGGGUAGGUGGGGGCAGAGCAGGGUGUAUAGGUGGGGGAGACCACAGUGCUCCCCCGGGUGUGUUAGAUUAAAUGCAUUCAUACUGAAGAGAAGACAUGGCACUUGAUUUAGAAGCUUUACACACGCUUAGGCUUGCACGCCGUCACCGUCUGGUAGCUGUAGAAACUUUAUUUUAAUGAUAUGUAAUGUAGCCAUUUGCACUGUCGUUUUUUUAUAGCGACGCUCCAAAGUUGUCUUUGUCAAGUAUGAAAUAUUUUUGGUAUGUAUGAGGAAAAACCCUAUAUAAAUGUGUGUGUAUAUAAACAUUCAUAUUAUAUGUGAAUAGGAAUUUUUAUAUGCCUGCCAUUCAGUGUUAAAGCUGCACCACCCAAUAUGAAGUGAUCUGAGGCUUGUGUGAACACUUUAGUUCCCUCUCGGUAGAAGUGUGAAGAGAGCUGAUCACAGAUUGAGAGUUGCCAACACUGAAUUUACCUAAAACAGUAUUAUUUGGACAUUUGUUUAGUUUUUUGAGAAUGAAUACAUAGUAUUAUGUAUGAUCAAACUUGUCAAAUGCUCCUUAAAUUAAUUUGUAGGGAGUUGGACAUGUUCUUGAAGGGAUAUUGGGAGAAGCGGCUAAGAGUGUAUAGUAUUUUACAUACAUCAUGACAUUGACAUUUGAAGAGGACUUAUUUUUUAGCAUUUGAAAUGCAUUCCUAUUUGGAAUGUAAUGAUUCUUUUGAGAAGCCCUACAAAUUCAUAAUUUUUCGGUUCUUUUUAUGUUUUCUUUUUUUAAUACAAAAAAGAAUGACAUGCUCUGUGAAUGCUGAUUUCCAAUCAAAUUGUUUGGUGAGAAAUUUGCCUGGUGUUGCCUUUAUUUUACAAAACUGCUGAAUGUCAAAUAAAUUCAACCAUCCAAUUUUAA